GAAGAUGAAAGUUACAUCUUUGCUUGUGAAUAUAACAAUCCUACACCCACUUUACUGCUUCCUUUUCUUUCAUUGGAUAUGAAAGCUAUCCUCAUUUCCCUAUGGCCAUUCCUCUUUCUUUAUCCCUCCACCCUUCAAACCCUCAGCAAAACCCCACCUCCGCCGUUCCUCCGGCCACCACCCUCAGCUUUCCGGCGUCUACAUCCUUGAAUUCCAAAUCCAAGAGGCAUUUCAUCCUCAAAUCAGCUUCACUCUGCCUAAUUUCUUUGUUUCCAAAAUGCCCAGUUGUUCAAUCUUCUGAAAAUUCUCCAACUUCGAAACCAGGCCUUCCUGGUAUAGCAAACACCAAGUCUUGGUUUCAGUUCUAUGGCGAUGGGUUUUCCAUUCGGGUGCCUCCUCAGUUUGAAGACCUCACGGAGCCUGAGGAUUAUAGUGCUGGACUCUCUCUUUAUGGAGAUAAGGCUAAAACGAAAACAUUUGCAGCACGGUUCGGGUCUCCUGAUGGCUCUGAAGUUCUAAGUGUUGUCACUCGUCCAACGAAUCAACUUAAGAUCACCUUUCUAGAGGCAAAAGAUAUUACCGAUAUAGGUUCCUUGAGGGAGGCUGCAAAAAUCUUUGUUCCAGGUGGUUCAACUUUAUUUUCCGCCCGGACGUUUAAAAUUAAGGAAGAUGAAGGUUUCAGGACUUACUACUUCUACGAGUUUGGGAAGGACGAACAACACGUUGCAUUGGUAGCAACUGUUAAUAGUGGACAGGUGUUUGUUGCUGGAGCAACUGCACCAUUGUCCAAAUGGGAUGAAGAUGGCAUAAAACUCCGUUCUGCUGCUAUAUCUCUAACAGUGCUAUAAUCAAUUGUGGAUAAAGUUCAUUUCAUUAGCUUAGUGGAACCGUGCAGUACCAGACACGAGAUAGAUCUUCCAAAGAACAAGGCUUUUUUCGAAUAAGCCAAUUCAUUUGGGAUCUUCCACCCUUUUUCCUAUUCAAAGAUCAACCUUUUGUCUGUUUUCACAUCGAGAAAGUUUUGCUCUUUCCUAUGCAAAUACUGAGAUGAUCUUUGAAUGUUCACCUUGGUCUUCAGAUUGUUUCAACUUAAUUUUUGAGAGUUAUUUGAUUGUGUUUGAUCCUUCAAUCUUUUUGAUGAACAGGAGGCAGAUUGUGGUGAGUUUCCUAUUUAGCAAACAGAACUCUAGCUGAAGAUAAAUUUUAGAUUGUGUAUAGAGAUUCCCACACUUCUUUUUUGGUGGUUGUCGUAAGAAUUGCUGAGUGGUACUUGGUUCAUGUGGCUUUUCAUUUCAUCAUUCCCUUUGUUUUAACAUGAUUAUUGUCAAACUAGAACUUGAGAUUAUUGGAAGCGGCAAUCGGUCUCAAUGAGACUAUCACUCAUUGAAUGUACGGUUCAACUCAUCUUUUCCUUU